AUGGACAUGAAUGAUCAUUUUGUGCUGCACCUUGCGGACUCGGCGGACUGGGUCGCCGAUCACAAACGGAAUCUAUGCUAUGUCUGUACAAGACCUUUUGGUACCUUUCGUCGCAAACACCAUUGCCGUAUGUGUGGCGAGGUAGUUUGCAAGAACUGCACGUUUUACAAGGAAACAAUGAUCGAGCCCACGCGUGUUCGUGUGUGCAUGUCAUGUGUCAUGAACAAUUCGAACCAGCGUUCAAGUCAACCACAGGAUACUACUUCACGGCAGAAGUUGGAGGUAUAUCGCUUGUGGCGACAGAACCACCUGCAGUCUCCUGUAUCAGGAUCAUUGCCCGGUCUUGAUUAUGAUGAGCAGCAACGUUGUUCAUUUUCACCCAAGUCGCAGCAAGACGUUAACCUUUUCAGUGCAGAAGGUGAGUGUAGAAACACUUGCAGACAAACCGUGGAGAUGGAGCAGCAAAAUAAUGAAGCUUCAUCUGAGUGGACUCACCCAUGGCCUCAACCACCUAAGAGUGCUGACGAGGACGAUCGACUCCAAGUCCUGCACUCAUUAAAUGUGCUGGACACGGAGUUGGAGAAGCCCUUUGACAUGAUCUGCGACCUAGCUAAGACACGGCUGUCCUGCCCUAUGGCUGCGGUGAGCUUUUUGGACGAGCAUUGCCAAUGGUUUAAGGCUAGCGCAGGGCUAGCACACAAGAUGAUUCCGCGCAAGAUUGCAUUCUGUGCCUACACAGUGUACACGCGCGAGCCAAUGGUUAUACUGGAUACGCUUCAGGAUUCUCGUUUCCGUAAUAAUCCGCUUGUCUCAGGUGCUGCUGGUGUUCGUUUCUACGCUGCUGCACCGAUUAUCAGUCCGAAUUCGGACCAUGCGGUUGGGAGCAUCUUUGUUCUAGACACACGCCCUCGAGAAUCGUGCGAUGUUUCGAUUUUAGAACGACUUGCACUGGCAGCAGGAGAAAAACUUGCUUGUAGGGCUACACCAAAUGUUGACAACCAAGUUCAGCUUGAUAACAACACUGACGAAGAGUAUACAAGAUAUCUGAAGAACGAGCAAAACAAUGUCAAUGUGGAUAUGAAUGCUCAAAAUAAGCGCGGAAGUUUUGAAAGGGAGAGGAUCAGGCCUUCUAUGGAUCCAUCCGCAGCAAGUGAAGAAAUGGAAGAACUUCUUUUGCACUUGCUGUCUCAAUCCAGCGAAACGCAGGAACGACUAGCAGUGCAGCAGACUUCGCUCUCGACGAAGCUAGGGCAGCACGCCGACCAAAUCAGCAAACUCAUGUCUGACUUUGCCCGAAUCGAGGCAAAGGUUGAGUCGAUGGUCAACGGUAGGACAAAGUGA